CUUGUCCUACCAUCUCUCAAUUCUCCCGUAAGGAAACAUGGCAGCACCAAAUGGCCAGUCUGGUCAAAUCCCUGUGAUUGAUCUAUCUGGACCUGAACAGACCGUUGCCACAGAGCUCGUGGAUGCUGCAACAACUUAUGGCUUUGUUUACAUCAAGAGUCUGGGACAAGACAUCCCUGUGGAGGCCAUUGACAGCAUAUUUGCAUUGUCAAAAAAGUUCUUCUCUUCUCCCAUUGAAGAAAAGGAACCCUGCAAGAUUCAAGAAAACAAUAGAGGAUGGGUGGGAAUGCAUGCUGAGACCUUAGAUCCAAAGACCCAGAGAUGGAUGGGUGAUUUCAAAGAAGCAAUGAACCUAGGAGGAUUCUUAGACGGCAAAGCUCAACAGCCACUUCCACCAGUCUUUGAAGAUCACGAACCAGAGCUCUACGCCUUCCAAAAAUACUGCCAGACAAUGAUGAACAAAAUCCUAGACCUCUUCGCCGUUGGCCUUGAAGUCUCCUCCCCAACCGAAGGCUCAAAAUACUUCUCCAACCGCCACGGCCCCGAACCAACCCCCUGCACCCUGCGCCUCCUCCACUACCCCACCCUCCCCUCAAACAUCGAAAUCCAACCCAAAGUUGACAUCCGCGCGGGAGCACACUCAGAUUACGGCUCCAUCACCCUCCUAUUUCAAAGACCUGGACAACCAGGACUGGAAAUCUUGCCUCCAUCCUCAUCCACCACACCGCCAGAAUGGACGCCCGUCCCCGUCUUCCCUCCAGGAACGGAAUCCGACCCUUCACCGCCAAUUCUCGUCAAUAUUGGCGAUUUGUUAUCUUACUGGACGAACAACCUUUUCAAGUCAACGGUCCACAGAGUCGUGUUUCCUGCAGGCGGGAAGGAAGCAGCGGAGGAUCGCUACAGCAUUGCGUACUUCGGACAUCCGAUUGGCGAGACGGUUUUAGAAGCUGUACCAAGUGAGAAGACGAAGGCGUUGGCUGGUAAAGGAGAUAGUGGAGUCAAGGCGAUGACGGCGCAUGAGCAUUUGAUGUCUCGACUGAAGGCUACGUAUCUUGGGAUGUAUAAAGAUGAAGGGGACGAGAAGGAGAAAUAGUUAGUCUGCAAGGACUCGUAACUACCAAUCCACUGGCUGUGAUGCAAA